GGUAUACCUAGAUAAGAUAUAAGUUAUCUUGAAAUUGCACCGAUGUUUUUGUAUUGAAAAUAACGAUCUGAGAAAUUACGUAAUAAAGAAUAGUUUUGAUUCGGUCUCGUUAAAUCGGUGGAAUGUCUUUCUGAACGCACGUAGCUAGUGAUAAAAAAUUAAUUUGAAUAAGGAUGAUUUGCGCGAAGAAUGGAGCUUUGAAUGGAAACGAGUAAAAAGAAGCACCUAAGCAGGCAAGGCAGUAAAGAAGAGGCAACAUGCGGCAACCGUACGAAGUUGUCUAAUUAUAUAACCAUAGAAUAUGCGGUUGAAAUACAGUUACCUUGCUUGCUAUAGACUGUACCUUAUAUCCUUUCCCCCCAUUGGUUUGCGGCGUGUCCAGGUAGAACCAGUCUAAAAGCGGUCCCAGCGCACCAAGUCGGGGAAAACUCAGGCUACGGCAUACCUGUGCGACAAAACUACAACGACAGUAACUUGUCAAAUGUUAAGAAGGCUGUGAAUACCUAAAAACAUUACACGUUCAUCAUCGCCGCGUCGUUUUUCCGUUGUUUUAUGUUUUAUACGUCGCGUAACCUCACAAAAUACCUGUUGAAUAUAGAGAGUGUAAACGCGACUUGAAAUUUUAUUGUAAUAUUGUGUUUGUGACAGUGCGUUCAAGUUUUUAGUGUUUUGCCGGCCCGCUGCCUCUUCGAUUUUAUGUAAAAUUAACUUAAAUAAAGUGCGCCCGCGAUAAAACACUAUUUUAGCUCAUUUUAUAGUCAUUUAUAUUUGAAUUGUGAUAUUUUAUUUAACGUAAUAAUAAGUACUGCCUAGGUUAAGUUAACAAAACCUGUGAUUAAAUCUUAAUACUUUGAUAAGAUAUCUAUGUGCUAGUUUAAAGACUCUCAAAUAUUCGAAAAACAACAAAAUUUUCGUUUUUACCUGAACACACAACAGGUGUGUCACGUGGCAAAAUGUCGGACUGUUUAUAAUUUAUUCAAAAAUUAUGUGCUACAAUCUGGCCGUGUAAUAUUUUCCGUAAAUGAGCAUUAAGGGCCUCGAAAUGAUCGGGCCACAUCACGUUUGCGUCCUGUAUGUGGCCACGGCGGGCCUACAGGGCCCCCUAAUGGGCUCCGACGAACAGGAAAUCGUCCUACUUAUUUACGUUAUUGUGGACGUUAUACAGAACAAGAUUGUCGGUGUUCAACAGUACCCAAUCAGGCCGCAAACAGCGGACGUGAACGAGAACAUCUUGUCCGAACAGCUGACAUCCGAAUCCGUUCUUACCGACGAACUGAUCAAGAGCGCCGGAAGACAGUUGGAGGACGCGCUCACGGAAUUCGACACUUACUGCAACAGUUUGCAUAUAGAUCCGCACAACGCGGGAUUUAGGUUAGUGACAGACGGCCAAUUGCCCCUAAGACAAUGUCUCCAUCCAGAGGCGUGCCGAAAAGAAUUCGAUUUACCACUGUAUUAUAGUAUGUUCCAUGACUUGAGGAAAGAAGUGGCAAGGUUUUGUGCGAAAAAUGACGAAGUACCACAAGGUGUACCGGAAAUGGUAGAAUGUUUAGAACUAAAACCCGAGUCUGAAAAUGAAUUUUACAAAAAGGAAGCUAAAGACAUGGUUAACGUGGUGCAGAGGCUGAUUUUGGACGGGCAUCGAUUCGACUCGCUGGAAACUGUUCAUUUAACUUUGGAACCUGGAAUUUGCUCAAAAGACGAUGAAAUAGACAAUAACUGCGUAGUUAGAGCUAGGGGACUUCCUUGGCAGAGUAGUGAUCAAGAUAUAGCGAAAUUUUUUAGAGGUUUAAAUGUUGCAAAGGGUGGAGUAGCGCUUUGCCUAUCGGCCCAAGGCAGACGAAACGGUGAAGCUCUGGUUAGAUUUUCGUCGCAGGAGCACAGAGACAUGGCGCUGAAAAGGCACAAGCACCACAUCGGCACCAGGUACAUCGAAGUGUACCGCGCCAGCGGAGACGACUUCCUCAGCGUGGCCGGCGGUUCCAGCUGCGAGGCGCAGGCCUUCCUGUCGAGAGGCGCGGCCGUCAUAGUGCGCAUGCGCGGCCUGCCCUACGACUGCACGGCCAAGCAGGUGCUGGACUUCUUCGCGUCCGGGGAGAACUCGUGCGCCGUCGUCGACGGAAACGAGGGGGUCCUGUUCGUGAGGAAGCCCGACGGCAGGGCCACCGGCGACGCGUUCGUCCUGUUCGCGCAGGAGACCGACGCGCCCAAGGCCCUCUCGAAGCACAGGGAGUCGAUCGGCUCGCGCUACAUCGAGCUGUUCAGGUCCACCACGGCCGAGGUGCAGCAGGUUCUGAACCGGUCGAUGGACCCGAAGACGUACGAGACGCCGUCGCCGCUGAUCGCGCAGCUGCCGCAGGUGCCGCUGCUGCCGCAGCACAUCAUCACGUCGGGCACGAGGAAGGACUGCAUCAGGCUGAGGGGGCUGCCGUACGAGGCGCAGGUCGAGCACAUCCUCGACUUUUUGGGCGACUACGCCAAGAACAUCGUCUUCCAGGGCGUGCACAUGGUCUACAACGCAUCGGGUCAGCCGAGCGGCGAAGCGUUCAUCCAGAUGGACACCGAGCAGUCGGCGUACGUGACCGCCCAGCAGAAGCACCACCGCUACAUGAUCUUCGGCAAGAAGCAGCGCUACAUCGAGGUGUUCCAGUGCAGCGGCGAGGACAUGAAUCUCGUGCUGACCGGCGGCAUCCCGGCCUCGGUGUCGCCCGCCAAGGCCGCCCCGGCCCUCCUCAGUCCCGGUGGCAACAUAAUUCCGACCCCCUUUCAUCCAGGCGCCAAUUUCCCGGGCUACGGUCCUGUGCAGAUAGCCGCCACUCCGAUGGGCCCCCGUCAAUUUUUGCCGCCGCCUAUGCCCCAGAUCAUCUAUUGGCCGUAUCCUAGUCCGCCGGUCUCGCCCACCAACUACUACCCGACCAUGCCGCCACCUGGCGCCCUCCAGCAGCAGCAACCGCAACAGAUGAUUCCACCUGAAUGUGUUGGCAUGCAGCAACUGGCACCAAUGCCCGCCAUCGAUGCCAGACUUAUGUCCGACGGGAUUCCCCGACAGGACGACAAGAUCCGGCAAAAUUUCGGCCCAAAUCAAUACGUCGAAAUAAUGCUGUAAGCGUAUUUUUCGAUUAACCCGACACAAACGAUAACUAUAAAAACUACUUAAGGUGCAAAUGCCCACUUAACUUACUUACGUCAAAAAUAGCGAAUUAAAUGCAAUUCUUAUGUGAGACUAAACACAUAUCAAACUGUCUAUAGUGUAUAGAUGAAUAUAGUUACUAUUUAAUUAAUAUAUUGAAGAUUAUAAUAUAUGAAUUUGUUAUUAUGUUAACAUAAGUUAUUAUGAUUUUUACUUGUUUAUCGAGAUCAGAUUAAUUUAACACUAAUUUACCUAUAUUUAAUUUAUUAUUAUUAGGUAUUUUAAAUAGUAGACUGCUCUCAAUUUCUUAUACAACAUUUAUAGGAUGAAGUGCAAUUAUUUUAUUAUCGUUUAUCUAACAUAAACGGAUUUUAUGUUUCAUGUUAAGACAUGAGAUUAUUACGCGUCGUACGCGUCAAAAAUAAUUCUAAAAACAACAAAAUUGAACUUGUCUUCCAUUUUUUUAAGUCGCCUCGUGUGUGAUUUUUUUACAUAUUAAAUAUUAAUUAAAUGGCCUCGCUUAAGUGCUUGUUGUGAUUUAUUUAGUUAAAACAAAAAAAACAAAAUAAAUGUAGACGUUGCAAUAUUUCCAGAUGAGAAUUCCUUUACAACGAAUAGUCAUACAUGAAAAAAUCGCGCAAUUUAGAUUUUAAACUUCUUUUUUUAGAUUAAUUCAAUUUUAAGCUCAAAAUUCUAAAGUAAUGUGCAAUAAUUGUAAGUCGAUUUAGUUACGAUUCCAAUUAGUGAUACUUUUAGUCAUACUGACUAUAAAACAUAGUACUUGAACACUUUUUAUAGAUUUAUAGAUUGUUAAAAUAGUCAUAUAGUUAUAAAUAAAACAGUUGCUACUUUUUAAUCAAAUCUUUAGUCGACUUUAGCGUACCUAUACUUAAAUAAUUAUUAAUUAUUGUUUAAUAAUUUUUGAAUGACAUUAGUUUUAAGUAAUCUAAGAUCUAAAUAUUGUUACAUUAAUUGUGUGAUUUUUUGUUAGUUCUUUAAGAACUCCUUUUUAUAAGAAAUAACUUAAUAAAAUAUAAAUUGUUACUGAA